GGCGCGGCGGUAGCGGCCGGGGCGGCGGCUGCGUGCAGCUGUCAGCGCCCGCUCCUCGGGGGCCGGGUCGGGCCCGUCGGCUCCUUACAGGUAAAGCCGAAGACACGGCGGUGCCCGCUGUCUUCCUUUCAUCGAAAUCCUUUUCCUUCCUUCCGCCCGUCGCUGACAUCCUCCUCCGGCCUCCCCGGGCUGCGCGGCCCCCGCCGGCUCAGCGAGCGCUGCGCACAUCCGAGCCUGCAGCACCGAGCGAAUGUAUGAAAACAUGUCCACAAUGGUGUAUCUAAAGGAAGAGAAGUUGGAGAAGCUCACUCAAGAUGAAAUCAUUGCCAAAACUAAGCAAGUGAUUAAUGGACUAGAGGCACUGAAGAAUGAACACAACUCGAUUUUACAGAGCUUACUUGAAACACUGAAAUGUUUGAAGAAAGAUGAUGAAACUAAUCUGGUUGAAGAGAAAUCAAACAUGAUUCGAAAGUCACUGGAGAUGCUGGAACUCGGCCUUAGUGAAGCACAGGUAAUGAUGGCCUUGUCAAAUCACUUAAAUGCAGUGGAAUCAGAGAAGCAAAAACUGCGUGCUCAGGUUCGCCGACUGUGCCAGGAAAAUCAGUGGCUACGGGAUGAACUGGCCAAUACACAACAGAAACUACAGAAAAGUGAGCAAUCCGUGGCUCAACUGGAGGAAGAAAAGAAGCAUCUAGAAUUCAUGAAUCAGUUAAAAAAAUAUGACGAUGAUAUUUCACCAUCAGAGGAUAAAGAUACAGAUUCCACCAAAGAGCCUUUGGAUGACUUAUUUCCCAAUGAUGAAGAUGACCAAGGACAGGGAAUUCAACAGCAGCAUAGCAGUGCAGCAGCUGCUGCCCAGCAAGGAGGCUAUGAGAUUCCUGCAAGAUUAAGGACCCUUCAUAACCUUGUUAUUCAGUAUGCAUCCCAAGGUAGAUACGAGGUUGCUGUACCUCUUUGUAAACAAGCUCUUGAAGAUCUGGAGAAGACUUCGGGUCACGACCAUCCUGAUGUUGCCACUAUGUUGAACAUACUUGCUUUGGUGUACAGAGACCAGAACAAAUACAAAGACGCAGCAAAUCUCCUGAAUGAUGCCUUGGCUAUCCGUGAAAAGACUUUGGGCAAAGAUCAUCCAGCGGUGGCAGCAACUCUAAACAACCUUGCAGUUCUUUAUGGUAAACGGGGAAAGUACAAAGAAGCUGAACCUUUGUGUAAGCGAGCUCUGGAAAUCAGAGAAAAGGUCCUGGGGAAAGAUCACCCUGAUGUUGCCAAACAGUUAAAUAACUUGGCUUUACUAUGCCAGAACCAGGGUAAAUAUGAGGAGGUAGAAUAUUACUAUCAGAGAGCACUGGAAAUUUACCAAACUAAGCUGGGACCAGAUGAUCCAAAUGUUGCAAAAACAAAGAAUAACCUGGCAUCCUGCUAUCUAAAACAGGGCAAAUUUAAGCAAGCGGAAACUUUGUACAAAGAGAUUCUUACUCGUGCUCAUGAACGGGAAUUCGGCUCUGUAGAUGAUGAAAAUAAGCCUAUUUGGAUGCAUGCGGAAGAGAGGGAAGAGUGCAAAGGAAAGCAAAAAGAUGGCACAUCUUUUGGAGAAUAUGGUGGCUGGUACAAAGCUUGCAAAGUCGACAGUCCAACAGUAACAACUACCUUAAAGAACCUUGGGGCACUUUACAGACGACAAGGCAAAUUUGAAGCUGCUGAAACAUUAGAAGAGGCAGCAAUGAGAUCUCGUAAACAGGGUCUUGACAAUGUUCAUAAACAGAGAGUUGCUGAAGUGCUCAAUGACCCUGAGAGCAUAGAAAAAAGGCGAAGCCGAGAAAGUCUCAAUGUUGAUGUGGUAAAAUACGAGAGUGGUCCCGAUGGAGGCGAGGAAGUGAGUAUGAGCGUAGAAUGGAAUGGGGAUGGCACUGGAUCUUUAAAACGCAGUGGUUCCUUUAGCAAACUUCGAGCUUCCAUUAGACGCAGCAGCGAGAAGCUGGUUAGAAAGCUGAAGGGAGGAAGUUCACGAGACAGUGAACCCAAGAAUCCAGGCAUGAAGCGUGCCAGUUCUCUGAAUGUUCUUAACAUGGGUGGCAAGGCUGCUGAAGAUCACUUUCAAGAACGAAAUAAUUGUCUGACAGACUCGAGAGCUCUGAGUGUCAGUCAAACUGAUUUGGCGCAUUGAGAUGCUUGGAGAGAAGCUAGCUAAUAUUCCUUUGUGAAUAAAGAAGCACUGAGAUCUUCAAAGCUUUGGUUCCUCAUCAUUAUGUAUAGGAACGCAUAGUUCAUAGGUGUUUUAUCUUUCUGUUUUGCAAAGGACUGCUGUUAUUACUUUUCUAAAUAGGGAUAAUUUAAAACGUGGCAUAAGUGGGUAUUUUCUUCUAAGAGAAAACUGUAUAGGUAUAUAUUGCUCAUUGCACUGCUCCCAUUCAUGUUACUUACGUUGAUUUCUUUAGGAGGUCUGAGUAAGACAGCAGCCCAACAACUGUCAAAAUGCAAACACAUUUAAAGCAUAGCAGAAGGCAGAGAUGUUUGAAAAUGAGGGCAAAGUGAAAUGUGUGGUAGUAAAUGUGUGCAGUGCUGGAGGAAAGGAUAAGUCGUGUGCAUUACUGUAUCCAUUCGAACUGAACGCACUGUAUUGGUGGGGCUGUCCAUUGCUCCGCUGAUUAUGUUGAUGUUAAAGAUCUUAGCUAGCAAAACAGCACUUAGACAUGGAUUACUUAACCACUAGAUCGAGCUAACACGUUUUAUAGGAGAUGACUGGGGUUACGUUACAUAUAGCACGAAUAGGAAUUCCUGUGACCAUAACUUAGAUACCUGUUGAUAAAAGUCUUAGGGCACAAUAAUGGAUGGAGAUAGGACAGUUUGAGCUGACGAGGACAAAAGGAAAACGUUUUGCCCUUUGUCUCGUGUGGUGGAAGGAUUCUGAAGUUCUGGACUGCAUCAGUCCCAGGGCAGCUGCUGUUGCUCCUGGGGAAACGCCACGCCUCAGGUUGACUUUCUCGCUUGUCCACUGGAACUCGGCCCUAUUCUCUGCAUGCUCCAAGUGCUCCAGUGUUCCCCGUGCUGAUCCCAAAUGCCGCCUUUCUCCACAACAGCUGAUGGCAGCAGGAGCUGCAGCUGCAGGCCGGGCUGCUGCGCUGGGAGCAGCUGCUGAGCAAAGGACCGCUCCAACAUGAAGGGCCUCGGUGGAAGCGCAGGAUGGCCACACCAACUCAUUUGGCCACGCAGCCGUGUUACAUCGACUUACAUUUAUGCUGUUUGUAUAAAGGACUGCUGCUGCAACCCAGUAUGUAAGUUUUAAGUAUUCCAUAGACACCAGUGUUUUCUUUUCCGCAAAGCUUGUGAUUUUGUUCAUCUUUUGUAACAACUUUUAUUUGUGUGAAGUUGGAUGAAAAGGUGUUUAAAAAAAGAGUAAAACGUAUUUGUGGUCGUAGUUGUGAGUUAGAAAACACAGAACAAACUUAGUGAAGGCUGGAAUAGCCAUCCAGGGUCAGCACUGACUGAGGGAGCCAGGAGGCAAGUUGUAGUGUUGAACGGUCUCUUAGAGUUAGUACUUCUUAGAAGUAUCCAUCUGCUUUGGCAUCUGGUUCUGAGCUGUGUUGCAGUGACUGUCGCGUACCGCUGCGUAUGGAAUGCACUCGCCUAUGUUUACCAGGGGGUACCGUGUCAGCAUCUCUCUAAAGAAAGCUGCACGUGGUGCACCUGCUGCAAGGACACAUUAGAGAUGGUGAGAUACGAUGCUGCUAAUAUGUAGAAGUUUAGCACAGAGUAGUGCAAUUCAUUAAUGAACCUGAGCAAGAACAAGUUGUUGCUCAGUGACGUUAACGAUAUAUACUCAUAUAAUGUAGACUCUUGAGUUUUAGUCUUUUAUUAAAGAGCUUUUUAUAUUAAAUAUAUAUAUAUAUAUAUCUAAUAUAUACUUAUUUUUCCCUGAAGCAAAAUGCGCUCUGUGCACCCACUGGUAUGUUUGGGUCUCUUCAGGCUGGGCACUGCAUGGAGCCCUGUGCUGGUUCCUUAACCAGGGUGGCUGUGCCCUGUGCUGGCCUGUAGGCAGUUCCUCUGCCUGCAAACACCCCAGGGCGUCUCUCUGACCCACAGCAGUACAGUGCUACUGCUCUAGGAGUGGCUCAGUGCGCCUUGUAAGUGUUCUGUAGAGUGAAGUGUUUCACUUUGAGGUGUUUAUAGAAGCCUAACUUCCUUUAAAAACAAUAAAAAAAGGAAAAAAGAAAGAAAGAAAAUUGGACACAGAACUGAGUUUGGUAAUAAGGAGCUGCUUGAAAGAAAUGGAAUAUUUUCAGCAGUUUUGUUGUCAGCAUUGAAAGGUUGUUCUUCAUAGACUCAAAAGCGUAAACACAGAACUGUGUUAAUGAUCAAAUGUAUGUUGGAUGCACGGCCAGAGUGUGUGCUGUUUCUCACUGAGGGCUGCACACAGCUCUUACUGUUGCUGGUUUGACCAGUACGGUGCUUUUACAUCUGUUAAACUCUUAUGUUUCAAAUUGUGUUGGAAGAUAAAUCUGCAUUAUUGAGUACGCUGUAGCUCUAACAAUUCUUACUUAGUUUUCUAGAAAAUAAACCCCAAUUUCCUAAAUCCCAAAAGAUGAUGGCCGGGCACUUAGAGAAGGUUGUACAGCUGUGAGCCGCUGUGCUGUUGGUAGUGAGAGAGGAACUCUUAGCAUGCAAAACCAAACGCAGAGUCAACUUGAAGUCCUUGUGUUCCCAUCAGGAAUCAGCUCCUGCCAUGGCCUGGCUCACACACUGCAGUUUCAGGUGGGCUUCUUAGUUUGCUUUUAUGUGGGAUUUUCUUUCUGAAUUUCCUCUGUUCUGGUUGUAGCCAGCAGGUCUACAAGUACAGGCUCAAGUACAAGACCAAAAAACCCAACUGUUUAAUUCUUGGACGUCUUCAGUACUGAACUGAAAUCAACAGCUCUAAAGCAGAAAACUUCAGGCCUUAGGAAUGGACGGGUAUCUUGGCAGGAUGGUGGUAUCCUUGGUAGUGCUGCUGGUUUUCAAUCUGGCACGAUUCCUUGCUUGGAAUAGUAAUGCUGAACUUCAUUAUACAGGUUACAGGGAGUUGAGGUUAAGCCAGUGCCGCUCCUGUUUGCAGUGCAUCACUGAGGCCGUUGAGCUGCACAUAGGAACAGUUGUAUGCAAACGAUGGGCACAAAGCUGCCUUUCUCUCUGCUCCUGCCGUAGCCUUCAUAGGAAUGUUUGUAUUGUAUAUAGUUGAAUGUUGUUGGGGUUUUCCUAAGUGGUUUGCAGGUAGAUUUGGAACAUUUACCUUUGAAGUUUUCCAGACGGUUCUCUGUGCUCUGAUGGGUCCAGGUCAGUAGUGAAGAAAUAACUAUUUUUAAUGUUGAUUUGUCAUUUUGAGGAAAAUAGUUUUGGUUUUAUAUGUAUAUACAUUUUGAUGUGUGGAUUUCAUGUCUGAGUACAGACUUAAACCUUUCUAAGCCCAGCUUUAAGGUGCAGCAUUUUGCUCUGCGUGUCUCAUUACUGUUGGUUACAGCAAUGGAAGAAAUCCAGUGUGGAGGUCCCAGAACAAAUGGCAGUUGUUACUAAGAGCAUUCCCUGUCGUUGCCACUUGGAAUGAGAUUGGUUUGUGUUUUACUACGUCUGUCUUCUAAAUACAUCCACCACGGCUCUUUUUACCUUGUGAGCAGUCUGUUCCCAGACCUCGCUGAAAUACAGCACAGAGCUGCUGAUUCAUUUGAAGCUUCAAAGGGUAGAAAAUAAAGUAUUUAAAAUGCUCUCACAGGGUCAAAAUGAGUGUAUCCAGCACAUUCUACAGUGUAAAUCUGUGUAAAAAUUAGUUCCAUCUUUCCUGUAUAGAAACAAAUCUCAGUUGUGAAAUCCAAAGAUGAAUAAAGCUGUAUAAAGGGAAAGUUCCUAAA